AUGCGCGUGAUGAACACGGAGGAGCGAGCCAUGGAUCGUGGAUGCCAGAUUACCAGUGUCGUGUUCGUUCAGCAUCGGCGGGCGGCGGCAGUCCCGGACUCCGGAGAGGAAGACCGCGAGGAACGGGGUGGCGUGCCGGGGGACGACUUGCCAGCCCACGGGCCGAACAAGACACGAGCCGUGUGGCCUGCCACAGCUGCGGGCUUCUUCCUUACAGGCCCAGAACACACCCGCGGGCAGCACGUCGGCAUCGGCGGCCGGCCGGCACCCCCGCAGCAGCACACGACGCCGGCGCCGCGCUACACGGCCGGCGUAUCCGCUGGCCACGGCGGCUCGGACCGGCUGUUCGGUCGUAGGGCAGCGAUGCGCGGAGGCGGCGCCGUGCCGCCGUCGCGCGGCGGCGGCGCCCGUCCCCGCCACGGGACCGGACUCCCGAGCCACCACGCGACGGACCGCAUGCCCGGACGCCUGACGCCGCCGGUGAUUCGGAAACUCCAAGGUCGAAUCCCGGAGACCCCCGCGCCGCCUACGACAUGCCAGUGGAGGAUAUGCCAUUUUUUGGUUGCCAUGUUGCUUGAUAAAUGCAUAUUUUGA